UUGUUUUGUUUGCUGUUUUGGUGCAUUCAGAAAGCGCUAGGAACAAACCAGUUAGCUGAGAAUGAGGACAGCUGAGGAGUCCUCUGGAACUGUCCUUCACCGCCUGAUCCAAGAGCAGCUGAGGUAUGGCAAUCUUACUGAGAAUCGUACACUCCUAGCCAUACAGCAGCAGGCCUUACGAGGAGGAGGAAGCAGUGGGAGCCCACAGUCCUCCCUUGAGAGUCUCACACAGGAUGAGAGCCAAAUGGUUCAGCAAUCAACACGACAAGAACCCCAGGGCCAGGAGCACCAUGCAGACCACCUCUACCUGGAGAAUAACAUGUGCCGGUUCUACCAUCCUCAGCAUAAGGGAGAAGAGCUUCCCACCUACGAGGAGGCCAAAGCUCAGUCUCAGUAUUAUGCCACAGGACAACAUGUUGGGGCCACCUUGUCUGGAGCACCUAUAGAAGGAGGACAGCGCAGGACCUAUGCUUCUGACAUUAACAGCAAACCGCAGGAUGAGUCACUGAAAGAGCUGACUCAUGGUCAUGUACGGUCACUCAGUGAGCAGCUCCUGCAGGUGUCCCUGGAAAGGAAUGGAACUCAAGCACAGAACCACAUGAGUUCCUCUCACAGCUACCCUCAACUGUCCAGGCACCACCAACUCUGUCUCUCUAGAGGAAAGUCCUCUGAAGCAUCAGAGUCCCGUGCUCCUCCUCCAGAAUAUCCUUAUAUAAUCCCUUCACAGGAGGCACCAGAAGGUUACCUUUCUGACCCCAGGCAGCACUACAGAGAAGGUCCAGGAUUUCAACAUCCUGAAGUCAGGAUGAUGCAAACUCCGAUGUCCCAAGCUUUCUUGCCACAACAGGCUGCUCUCUGCCAUAACCAUCUGGGAUCACUCACUUCAGCUGGCGUGGCAGCUUUGAUGGCAACUCAGGCUGCUUCUGCUAGUAACCACCUGUCCCAAAUAGAAGCUGUGUUGAUGGAGAAUAAGAAGUUGUUAAGAGAGAAUGAGACAUUGCAAAGAGAAAAUGAGUUGUUACGGAGGGAACUGGAGAGCUACAAUGAAAAGGCCAACCGGAUUCAAAAGUUGGAAAGCGAAAUUCAACAAAUUUCAGAAGAUUAUGAAAAUCUAAUGAAAGGAUCAUUAAAACGAGAAGCCUUGGAGAAAACCAUGAGAAACAAGAAGGAUGGGGAAAUGAGGAGGUUGCAAGACUUCAAUCGAGAUCUCAAAGAGCGAUUAGAGUCUGCAAACAAACAAUUGGCCAACCGAGCACAGGAAAACCAUGACGGAAACCAAGGGACUAUGGCAAAACUUGUUGCUCAAAACUAUGAAUAUCAGCAAGAAAGGGAAAAGUUACAGCGGGAAAUUGCACGUUUACAUGGCACUCAUGAAGAUCAACGUCGGCGGGCUGAACUGUUGGAGCAGGCUCUGAGCAGUGCUCAAGCCCGCACUGUUAAAAUGGAAGAUGAGCUGCAGAAGAAACGAGCGUAUGUAGAGAAAGUAGAACGGCUGCAACAGGCCCUGGGCCAGCUCCAGGCUGCGUGUGAAAAGCGUGAGCAACUGGAACUGCGUCUCCGGACCCGCUUAGAGCAGGAGCUGAAGAUACUGCGGGCUCAGCAGAGGCAGAUGGGAGCCCCAGGUGGAGGAUCCUCUGAGUUGAAUGCCCACAUACUGUCUGAACAGCUGAGAGAAAGGGAAGAGAAAAUCUUGGCCCUGGAGGCUGACAUGACCAAAUGGGAGCAAAAGUACCUGGAGGAGUGUACUAUGCGACAGUUUGCUAUGGAUGCUGCUGCCACAGCUGCUGCACAACGGGACACCACCAUUAUCAACCACUCCCCGCGCCAUUCUCCCAACAGCAGCUUUGACGAAGACCUUUUGCUUGCAAACCACAAGCAUCAGGAGAUGGAAAACAGGUUAAAAGAACUUCAUGCCCAAAUCCUUGAGAAGGAUGCAGUCAUCAAGGUCCUGCAACAGCGCUCUCGGAAGGACCCCAACAAGGCUCAUCAGGGCUCCCUACGACCUGCAAAAUCAGUGCCAUCAGUGUUUGCAGCUUCUGGCAUGCAAUGUUGGCCAGGAAACUCUGCCAGUGAAAGUGAUUCCCAGAGCAAUCCAGAGAACAAGGCACUCAAGGCCUCAGCAGAAUCAACUGUCCCAUCAACUUGUAUCCCCUUCCACACCAAACAUGGCAGCAAAGAUGGAAGUACACAGACUGAAGGUCUUCCCACAAACGUUCCAUGUGACGAGUCCAGGUUCCAUGUUGAAAAAAACAGUGGUGCAGCAAGUUCCCUAGAGAUGUUGCCAGCUGCUAAAAUUUUUGACCUGUCAGACAUGGUGGAGAUUCUCAUCUGAGGUGCAGGAGCUCCUCUAUGGACCAGACCCAGGUGCUCUUUUCUGCCUUAGUGGAUUUCUGCCUUCUCAGGAGACAGUAGCGGACCAAGCACACAGCCUGAGGAGCCCUUCACCAAUUAGAAUGCUCUGUGGAAAGCAGUACUAAAGACUUUACAAGGCGAGCUGGAAGAGAUCAGCAACCAGAUAGUUGAUUUGAGGAUGAGAAUCUCCAACUGUGGGAGAUACCCAAGUUUGGAUAGUGCCUCCUAGGAAAAUUAUUCUGCAGUACCCCGAACAACAACUCAGGGGCUAUGAGUUGAGGUUAAUGCUUACAUCAAGGCAGCUGUUCCACUUUUUCCUCUGCUGCUGGUUUUUCCCAAAAGAUGGGAAUACAACUGGGAAGUCAAGUGGGAUUUUUAUGCUGCCUGGGUAAGGCCCUAGAUGUGGUGGCAUGUUGAGGUUUGGCACUGGAAGAGGUGAUAUACAUAAUACACAAGGCUUUUGGCAGAUGCCCGAACCUGAGGUGUAAACUAAAAGCAGGGGUGUCUGGUGCUGGUAUGGCUAGAAUCAAUUUGCCGUACUCUUCUCCCAACUCUGUUCACUGUUCAGUUCAGAAGCAGAGGAACUGCUGCAAAUAUUGGGACGUCCAAGUGAUGAUCUGGAAAACGACCUAUCAUAGAUCUUGAGGGGAAGGGGGAAUCACAAAAACAAUGCCGCUAUUUUGUAAAUAUCUUCUAUAAGCCACAGUCCCUCUGUUGUGGCUCUUUCUGUUCUGUUCUAAUAUUUGCAGUAGAUCUGCUUCAUAUCACAGAACUAUUUUUCCCCUUUGUUUUGUUGUCAGAUUUCUUCAAUAUUUGCUUUUUCCCCCUUUUUUCUUCCAUUUCAUAUCCUGUUUGUCGUGAGUUAAAUAUCCGCCUUUGCAGUCCUUCAGAUUCCCUUUCCUUUGAAGCCAUUUCCCAUGAUGCUUUAGACUGGAAUUUCCCUAGUCUUUGUUUGAGCGGCAGCCAGGAACCAGUUGUUUCUGUUUCUAUCCUGCCAUUGCCAAAUUAUCCUCUUCUAAGCUGGAUACAUCUCUGUGUGGUGUAAAUCAGCACAGCUGUAUGGGGGAUGAAGGGCUUUGAUGGAGAAUUCCAUUUGGGUCUAAAGCAAGAUUACAACUGGAUCUCUUAUUAAUAAGAAUGGAUGUUAUUCUAUUUGUAAAAAAAUGGAAAAGUGAAUCAAAACUGUAUUGAGAGACAAGGCAGAGUGUGAGUGCAGAAGUUUGGGUUAAAUUGGUGGUGUUUUGAAGUGGCUGAAAGUGAUAAUUUUAUAAUUAAUUAAAGGGCAUUUGUGGGAAUGAUGUGUGUUUGAACAUGGGGAUGGAAAACAACAUUGUGUCCCAAAUUUGUGUUUUUCAAAAGAAUCUGGAGAAAAUAUUUGUUAAAGGCACAUCCUUUCUUUUCUUUGGAAUCACUCCAGAAUCUGCAUUCAGCAGCCUUCUUUGCUCUCUCCUACCUACUGACAGCUGGCUUCUGACAGUAGUCAACUCUCAAAUGAGUGCAUUACUUAACUCCGUCAAACCUUUUGUUUGAUUUCGCCAUCAUACACUUUCAUCCCCUCCUCUGCUUCCUAGUUAAACAUAUGCAUUUGCUGGACAACUGCAUUGGAAAAAAGGAAAAAAAUCCCUCCAUAAAUGUGUAAAAACGGUAUGUGGCUAUUGUGUGUUGUUUACAAAGUGAAAAACAGCAAACAAAGAGUUAUGAGAGAGAAGCACAGCUUAAUAUAUUUCAUAUUAAUAUUUGGUAUUCCUUUUAAAAUAUUUUUGUGCUGUGAACUUUUUUUUCCUGCCAGACAGUGAGGGGUGUUUUUGUUUUGUUUUUGGUGCAUUUUAAGUUAUCUUAAAUAUUUAAAUGUAAACCUGACUGUUUCUUAUGCCGCCCUAUACCGAGAUUGCUGUAGCAUUCCACUUGGUAUAACAAUAUUUUAAUAAAAAUAUUGUUGAAUAAGACUGAGACUAUGUUUUACUAUGCAAUGCACAUUUGUGAAUGGAGGAUGCAAGGAUGCUAAAGUACCC